UGUAAACAGCUCGUUUCGAAGAUAGUUCUUCGAUGGCUCUGCGCCCAAAACAUGCUCGCUCAACAAUUACGUCAGACUUUGAUUCUUAUCAUAACCGAUCAACGUGUGUAAGUGCGUGAUUGGGACUCUCGACGGUUAUGUCACGUGUUUCCCUCAUGAAGAAAGUGUUCAAAUUCUAUUUGCAGCCGUUUUGACGUGACCUUUUCUGUUUGCUUGAUAUAUCUCGCUUUCGGAUAUUGUCGAUAUCAAGUAAGUACUAAUAAUUUCAAACAGUCGCUCGUCGAACAUACAGAAUAUAUAUUGAAACUUGUCUCUUUCAGAUAUCAGGAAUUAGUCGAAGAAAAGAAAUAAAGUUGUGCGGUUACGCAGACAAAUUAUUGUGCCAAACAAAUUGAAAAGAACAGAAUCUCAAUUAAGAGUGACACGAUAGAGAGAAACUGGAACAGCCAUUACAAGGCGAACCAUGCAACAAACGUUAAAAAAGGAAGCAGAAUUGAAAAGUAUGUAAGUGUAUUUUAUCAAUGUAAUAUCUGCAAACAAAAUUUCUGUCUGAAGAUGGAUAUGACAAAGCGACAUCUCGAGGUCAAACGUGACACAAAUAAAUCCAGCAGUUACAACUAUGAAAGCAACGAUACGGAUGAUAUGCCACUGAAGAGCCGCAUACAAUGUCUCCAACCUAACAAACAAGAAGGAACCACUAUUAUGCAGCCAGGACCGUCUUCGAAGAGUAAUUCGUGCGGCAAACAUUCCACCAAGGAGAGCAGCACUAAAGAGUACUUCAAAAUUCCGAAACAAUGCAAAAUUUGCAAACAAGACUUUCGCGAAAAAAAUGAGUUGCAUGAUCACUACGAGAAGGACCACAAAUAUCGCUUCUACAAAUGUAAAGAUUGCUACUACAGAACCAUAUAUAAGAGAAACUUAAUAAGACACGAGGAAACACACAUAGAAAAUCAUUUGAGCAACCGCAAAUACAAGUGUACUGAGCCCCGCUGUAACAAAAUAUAUAAACAUAAGUAUAAUUUGAAAACUCACAUAAUGAUUAAUCACUAUAAAAAUAAGAUGAAAAGCAAUAAUGGGGCGCCGGGACCGUUCUCAGAGAGUAAUCUAUACGACAAACUUUUCAACAGAACGAAAAUUGAACAGUACAAACUUUCUAGACAAUGCAAAAUCUGUGGUCAAAUUUUCGAUAAUAAGCAUAUGUUAAUAGAUCACUCAAUGACGGUUCACCACCAUUGCGUGUACAUAUGUGAAGACAAAACAUGCAAUUACGAAACCAACUUCCUGCAAACCAUGCAAAGGCAUUUUACAAUGAAGCACAUGAAUAAUAAAAACUGAGUAUGUAGUGAGACUGGCUAUAACUGGAUGAGAAAAGAUUAGGAGUAACUAAGACAAUACGACGCGUUCACUCUGACAAAUAAAACAAAAGCAGUAUUGAGGACCCGUCCUCAGAAAGUGACCUGUACGGCAAACAUUUCGGAAGAAGCCCCAGCAUUGCGAAGCCCAUAAGUAUACCUCAGAAAUGCAAAACCUGCAAGGGAAUGUCUCUUUCUAAGCAAAAGUGGAAAAAAUACCUCAUAGAUCUUUACAAACAAUCCAUCAGCAACUGCAGCCAUGGUUAACUACGUAUUUAACAAAGACAAUAACUUGCGAAAAUACAAUAUACGAAAUCAUACGAACAAUUAUGACUAAACGUAUACUGAGCCUAUCUAUAACAGAAAGUAUAAAUAGUAGGCGGAUCUGAAGAAACACAUACAAUCGUCCUGUCAACCAGAAGAAAAGCAAAAGUGCGAACCCGGGGGAGUCUUCCGAGAGCGAGCAAUGUGGCAAACAUUCCAAAAGAGGGAGCAGCAUUGAAAAGCGCGUAAAUGUGCCUCAGCAGUGCAAAAUUUGCAACCCAGGUUUCGAUAGGAAGAGAGAGUUGACACAUCACCUCUGAGGAGAUCAAAGGAUAUCGCAUGUGCAUCUGAAACGAUUGCAAUUACAUAUCUAACAUUAAACAACACAUGAUACGUCACGUUGUAUGAAAGCACAUUGGCAAUUACGACCAUGUGUGUAAUAAGAAUGGCUGCUAGGAGAAAUUCAAACUCGAGCAGGAACUGAAUGGACAGAUACAUGCUGAGAUGACAAUUGCUUAUUUGGUCUGGAAUAAGAUAUACAGCAGCAAGAACAGUAUACUGGACUCAUACGUUGCACUACACGGCACAAUACCCACUACGCCUACAUCUGCAUCGUCUACAGAACGAGAUACAUCCAGCGGCAGUCUUUACGCAGUUACAUGGAGAAAAUACAUUCUGAUUCAUUUCUAAUCGAAUAAAAUGAGUCGGUAUCAAGAGCAUUUUUGCAAAAUUUCUAGAAAACCAGUGACAAACAGGCUGUCGAAUAGAGUAGAGAAA